AUGGGCUCCUCAUCAUCAAAGGUCGCCCGCGGCGCCACGAGAAAGUAUCCCACUCGCGCUCCGGGAUCCGCGGUCCCUGCUGCGACGCCGCGACGCCAACCGAUCACCAAGACCAAAGCUGAACCGUUGGGAGAUGGCGCAAAGGAUGACGCUAUCCGCGCCGACUCCAUGGAUCCCGACUUUAAUGGCGACUUCUCCCGCCGCCUGCAGCAGAUGGGCAUUGCCGACCCCAACCCGACCUACUCUCCUUCCUCUACCGCCGCAUAUAAUCUUGGGCCUCAAUACAACAUGGGACCGUCGUUCCCCCCUAGCAGAAGCAACCCGACCCUCUCCGCGCUCUCGGCCCGACAACGACUACAACAAGAAGCCGAGGAGGACUUUGAGUCCAUGGGACUCGCAAACACCCAGGGAAGGCGGUUCCUCGACAUGCGAACGAUGGUGGAUGCAAUUAAAUUGCGCGGCCAUGGCCUUGCGGAUAAGGAUAUCGAGGCAAGGCUCAGAAUUCGCCCCGGUCUGUUAGAGAGGCUCGGUCCUCAAGGUGUUCUCUCACAUGUGACGAGUCCCAGUUGA